GGGAGGAGAGGAGGGCUUCGACUCGAGAGCGCGCGCGACUUUUGGAGCACAGUACAGACAGCACACAGUACGAGCUGCCUACUUGCCAGCCGCGGACGUGCCGCUGUGUUCCGCUUUUUCGCCGCCGCCGCCGCCGCCGCCGCCGCCUCCGUUUUCCUCUCCGCGGCGUAAGUACGAUUCUCACGGAAAUCCUACACGGCCAUCCAGCAGCAGCAAGAGACGAAGCCAAGUCGUGGCGCGCUCGACCCCCCAAUGCUGACGAGUGUCCCUCGGCGCCGCUUGCAGCUGCGAGCGGCUGCCACCGCCUCCUCCUGCGGGCCAAAAUAAACCCGAGAACAGCAGUGCGGGCACCGUCCAGACUCGACCCGACACCCAGUUCCGCGAUUGUGCGCUGUCGUCCAACGGCAGUUCAUCGGUGCAGUGAGUGCUUGCGUGCGCGGGAAGGCUGCGAGAGGAUGCAGCAGCAGCAGCAGUGGGCGAACGCCGCCUCCGUGAUCGGAGAAUGAGCGCCCGAUCAUGAGCUGCAUCAGAGGCUAGCGACCGCAAGCAGCCAGCCAACAGGCAAGCGAAAGCGGGAGCGAGAGAGAGAGAGAGAGAGAGAGAGAGAGAGAGAGAGGCGAGAAGAGAAGAGAGACCAAGCGAGGAAAGGGCCGCAGCAGCAGCAUACAGCCGAGUGAGUGAGCGAGCGAGCGAGAACGGAGAAACGGAGCUAGAUAGAUAUAUAGUAGAGAGAGAGAGCGAGAGAGAGAGAGAGAGAGAAAGAGAAAGAGGGAGCGCGCCGCUGCAGGAGGCGCCGAGUGGCGGAGAGCGCGCCGCGGCUGCGAUGAGUUCACGCGCCGCUGGCCGCUGCUGCUCCUGCUUCUGGCAGCGACGAGAGCACUACUUCCGUACGAACCGGGGAGCCUCUCCCUCGCCGAUUAGUACUCUCCGUCGGCUGCUACUCCCUGCUACUUCUGUCGUCGACUUUUCUCCGCUCGGAUAAGCGCACACCUUCGACGGGUUAUGUUUCCCACUUUCAUCGGGAUCCUAGACAUUCAAUCGUGGUGGGAGGUGCCGAGUAUAGCGCACUUUUGCUCCUUAUUCAGAGACGCCUUCAAUCUUCUGGAUUUUGAUAUUGAGGAUUUGGAGCAAGCUCUUUUGACAGAUCCGAGUAGCACUGGCACUGACGGUCAGGAUUUAUUGCAGGAACUCAUUGUUAGGUUACUGGAAGGCUGUUUGCCUGAUGACACUCGCAAUGACAUCUCUACGUUUAAUUACCAGAUGUUUCUUAGAAGACUCUUUCGUAAAAAGUGUCAAGAAUACCAGUGUGACAAUCCAUUCAAUACAGAUGUAGACUUUGAAUUGUUACCUCUACGUCAAAAAGUAGAAAUCUUGAGGUCUCUCUGUGAUUUCCGACUUGAUGCUGCAGGCGUUGAGGAGUCACUAAGUGACUUGGACUCUGAUAGUCUACGCGUUGAACCAUUAGGUCAUGACCGUAAGAAUUCUGCCUAUUGGUACUUUUACGGAACUCGACUGUAUAGGGAGGACUACAUUGAUAUUUCAAACACUGUUCUGUCCCCGAAACAAAAACAGAACAGGCCAAGAGACAAAAGACGUAAAAGGUGUCGGAGUAGAUUGGCAAAGGAGGAAGAGGAGGAAGAAGAGAAGGAGGAAGACUGUCUAGUUUCAGCUGAUAGUGAAGAUUGUGAAAGAGAAAGUAUUUGGCAAGUAGUCUGCUUUACCCUUCAGGAUUGGAGCCGUUUAGUUGAAAAAUUCAAAGAUUCUAAACACGCAACUGAACGCAAACUCUACAAAACGCUCUCACAGGAUUUUAUGCCUGAAAUUCCAAAACUUUUUGACCUGAAGGAGAAACAGCAAAGGCGCAAGAUUUUGCAGCGUAGCCGCGCUCGAACCGUCCAAAGUCUGCACGAAAACGACGAAGUCGACGAACAAUCAAUCAUGGUUAAGAGCAAGAUCAAAACAAAAACGAACAAAACAACAAAGAAAAGCACAAACCAAACAUCGAAAAAUGCGAAAACCGAGGUGGAGGUCGUACCGCCUCCGGUGCAAAAGAAAGGACGGCAGACCAAUAAUUCGUUGGCUUCUGCCGUUGGACAAAUCCUCAUCGAUACACGCGACGAAGUAACGGACGUGGAGCAGAGUAAGAAAGGCUCUGGUGGAAAGCAUGGAGGUAGUGUAUCAUCUGGAUAUGGGUAUGGCUUUAACAGCAUUGGUAUCGAAGAGGAAGAACAGCAAGUUGGAAUGCAUAAAGUGCUUAAUAUAUUGAAAGACCACGAAGACGCGUGGCCUUUUACAGAUCCUGUCGACGAACAGUAUGCACCAAGGUAUUAUAGUGUUAUUCGACGACCAAUGGACCUUAGUAAAAUGGAAGAAAAGUUGGAGGAAGGUUCUUACAAGACAAUAGGCCAAUUUAAACGAGAUUUUCGACUCAUAAUUGACAACUGUAAGCAGUAUAAUGGUUCUGACAAUGAAUAUACAGAAAUGGCAAUGAACCUAAAGGAUGUUUUCGAUCGAGCGGUAGAUCGAUAUUUGGAAUCAGAAGAGUCUUGUGAUGAUUCGUUGUCUUGUGGUUCUGCUGCUAGUGUUAAUUCCCCAGGUUACAAAAGUAAAAACUCUUCGCCAUCCGCUAUUCGUCACAGUCAAAGGCAUAAACAUUCACGAAAUAAAAAGAAUAAGUUAGGUAAUAAAUCGAGUAAAAAAAAGACGAGACGAGUUUAUGACGAUGCGUCUACGAAAGAGGAGAGUGAAGCAGAAACAAAAGCAGUUAAAGUUAAGGAUAAGAAGACUAAGAAAAAAACGAAAAAGUCUAAAAGCGAAGUGAAAGAAGAACUGAUUGACGAAGAGCAAGAAAAUGAAGGUGCAAUAAGUGACACAAAUGUGAUAAAAUCAAAAAAGAAAAAGUCUAGUGAUACCGAUCAGCGGACAGUUACUAAAAAUAGUAAAAAAGUAUUGGUGAAAGAAGAACUGAUUGCAGAUGAAGAGCCAGCAGCCGUAAAACCAAGUAAAAAAGUUAAAAAGGAAAAAGAAAUACGGCAAGGAAAUGUGGAAUCGCGUUCUCCAAAAGAAUUAAAAGAGAAUAGAAAAAGGAAAGAUGAUUUUGAAGAAGAUUAUGAUGUGGCUUCCAUUCCCAAAAGUAAAAGUAGAAAAAUUGAAAAGAAGGAAAGUAAGGAAUUGGAUGUCUUGAUAGACCGGGUAAGAAAAAGUAAAGUUAAGAAAGAAUCUCCAGAUAGAUCAGUUGAAGAAGGUGAAAAACUGUCUUCUCCUACUGCUGUUAAGAAAAAUCGUAAAGCUAAUAAAGAAAAGCCAGAAUCGCCCACUAAACAUAACGAUAAAGAAAAGGAGAAAAAAUCCAAGAAAAAAAGUCAUGAGCUUCUGAAAAAUGGUGAAUUAAAAAAGGAAUGUGAAGUGAAAAGUAUUGAGCGUACGACAAACGCGAAUAAAAGUCCCGCGAAAAAAAUAGAAUCUUCGGUGAAGAAUGAUACCGAAUCUCUUGAUAGUCUUAAAGACAGAAUUAGCGAAAGGCGACGAGAGGAGAAAUUAAAGUUGGAACAAGAAAAGAAAAAGAAGCAGUCUCUUAAAAGUGAUGGUUUUCACGGAACUUCUAAAAAAGUGCCUUCUAAUGGUAGUACCUAUCAUAACGAUGUUGAUCUGAAAUUAGGUAGUAAAAAGGUAAAAUCUAAAAAAACAAAUAAAGAUGAAAAGAAUUGCGAGAGCAAGAGUCAAAAUCAAGAAGUGAGUGAGCCAAAGAAAAUCAAAACCUCUUAUAGCAAGCAUACCAAAGGAUCCGGAAGAGGAGAUCCGGCUAUUCAAGCACUCAAUCAGGCCACAGAACAAACUCUUAAUGAUAUAAACAAAUGGUUAGAUGACGCACCGAAGUUAUCUGGGUUUUCAUCGGGCAACGAUUCGCCCGUAUUUCAUGCGACGACGAGCAGUGAUUCGUCACGAGUCACUCAAAGCAAACACCAGCAGCAAUCCUCAGCAGCAGGCAGUACCGGUAUGGCAAGCCUAUCGUCAACAGGUGCAGAGCAGGUUUUGUCGCGCAAGCGGCCAAGCUCUAUGAAACUCCUAGGACCACACGCUCCUCUUCCGCUUAGACCCAAGAAAGUCCAGAGGACAAUCGAUCGGUUGCAGCCCGGUAAGAGUAAAGGCAACCUGCUGUCGAAGAAACCGCCAUCAAACGAUAGUGCGCCUACGAAUGAUGCCGCCAACAGUCAGUCCGCCAGCGCUGACAGCGAGCAGACUAGUCGUGAAUCUGGGGAUGGACCCAAGCUCAGCCUGGGCACGGUUCUGAAGAACGUCGACUCUAUCCAGCUUAUAUGCAAGAGUCUUGUUUCUUCGCCAAAUCCUAAUCUUUCUAACGAUGAGGACGCGGAGGAAGCUACGAGUAAACCCGCAACGCCCCAAGGCAGUUUUGCAGAGGAACAACCACCAACUGGUAAAAAGACCUUGAUGACUGCUGUUGCCAAGGACGAGCAAGCUGACAAGAAAGCUGACAGUGAGGAAAAUCAGAAACCUAAAUCAGCAACACCCAAUUUGAGCGCUUGGUUCAAAGCGUUUGGGGCGCCAAAAUCCAAAAAGAAAGAUGAAGAAGAAGAGGUAAUAGCAACCGUUAAUACGAAGAAAGAUGAACAAGUUCCAGAGAGUAGUGGUCUUGGCAUUGGUGGCAGUCGACAGAGGCGUAUGAGUACAGGUGGUAGCAGUGUGAGCGAAUCUGUUUCAUCGUUUUCCCAAGAAUCGCCACCAAGUGCUGGUACCGGUCGCUCACCGCAUCAAAGUCAGCAGCAAGCACUGCCGUCUGUAAUGCCGUCACCUGCUGCUGCUAUCGAGCCCCAAAUACGGGGAGCAGGGUUCUAUCAGGAUGCGCUGUCGACGGGUAGCAGUCCUUACAAUAGUCCGUAUUACACAACGCCGCCACGAUACAGUGCCCAGCUGCCACCUACGCCUUCACCUCAAAAUCAUCCACUUUCACCGGCAUACCCGUCUUCGGCUGCAUUUGAUCAAGCCGCGGCGGCCCAGGCUUCUCAACAACCAACGCCACCGAGUAUCUACUCUCAAAUUAGCCCGCAAACGUCACACCAGUCCUUCCAGAAACCUUCGCCACAGUCUCAAUCGCCUACUACCUUCUCGCAACAAUCGCCUCAGAGUGAGCCUCAGCCGUACACCGCGCCGGCACUGGCGUCGUCCCAAUCUCCAGUGUAUCCACAACAGUCACCACAGUCGCUGCAAUCUUCUCCGUAUCCCCAACCGUCACCCCAGCCAGCCAACUACUCGCAGUCAUCCCCGCAAACACAACCGCCAACUCCAGGCUACUCCCAGCCAUCACCACAAACUCCGGCUAGCAAUUAUUCACAGCCUUCGCCCUCGCAAGCGGCGACGCUAAAUUUUUCGCAGCCUUCGCCGCAGCAACAACAUUCGCCGUACUCGCAGUCAUCACCUCAGCCACCCCCAAGCUACUCGCAGCCGUCGCCACAAUCGCAACAACAUUCGCCGUAUUCACAGCCGUCGCCACAGCAGCCUAACUAUUCGCAGGUUUCACCGAGGCCGCCGUCUUCAACUUCGUAUUCACAGCCAUCUCCUCAGCCACCCGGUUACAACGCUCAGACGCCCAGCCCAUAUUCUCAACCAGAUUUAGUCAUAGCGCAGCCGUCACCGCAACCACGAGGUUAUUCGCAGACGUCACCACAGCAGCCACCACCAAGCUAUUCGCAACCGUCACCUCAAACGCCUUCUCCGUACUCAGCACAACCAUCACCUCAACAACAACCCGCAACAUAUUCGCAACCAUCACCGCAAACGCCGCCCAGCUAUUCGCAACCUUCGCCUCAGCAACCUAGAGCGUAUUCACUCCCAUCACCUCAACAGCCGCCAACGCAACAACAGUCAGUCAGCAGUGUGCAGCAGCAACAGCAAAUUUCUAGCUAUUCUCAGCCUUCACCUCAAAGUCAGACACAGCAGCGGCAACAGAUUCAGGCUGUUUUUGCAAAAAGCACUGAAGACUACACUCAAAAUUUGUCGACAUUGCCUACGUUUAGUCAGCAAGUUAAAUCUGCAUAUUUGCAAUCAUCUGCAGCCUCGACACCAAUAGUUAAACCUGCGGCUACUAAGGACAAGCAAGUGCAACAACAGCAAUCGACAGCUGAACAACAUUUGGCAGUUUUAAAUCAACAGGUGUAUCAAUCGGCUACAAGUACACAAUAUCCUCCGAAUUAUCCUGGAAACGUAUUCCCAUCCACUGACAGGAUGAGCAGCCAACUGAGUACGGAGCCGACCGGUAGGUCCACUACUUCCAGACUGACAAACCAUGAAGCGCAGCAACAUCUAGCUCAACAGAGACAGGUAGCAGCAAAUCGUUUGCAAUCUCAACAGAGUCAAGAUCAGCAGUCACAGCUGCUAAGCUUUCAACAAAAUCUGGCGAGCCACGAAUCUCUUUACUCGAGCGGGUUUCAAACGACGCCGUACCCUAUGCCGAAUGCUGCCUGUCGACCUGUAUAUCCUGGUUACUUUGACACUAGUGCAAAAAGUACGCCUAGUGCUUCUAGUUCUGGUGGCAGCUUGGCUCCAGUGAAAAAGCGUAUGUAUAAUGAGCCUUCCACUGCCCCAGAUGCAGCGGCACAGCGCGCGCCUGGUCAAGAUCAGUUUGGCUUUGACUCACUUAUGGCCCUCGCACAUUCACAGUCCGACGUACCUAAUCAGUUCGACAGUAGUUUUGCUAGCAGUCUCGCCGAUUCAGUCAAUUCGAAUUCGCCUUAUGCAAGGCUGCAACUAGGUUUGGUUGCUAGAAGUGCUAAGGAAACUCAGCAACUGCUCUCCAUACCGCGACCAAGUGGCAAAAAUGACCCUCUUGCUGCUUAUGCAAGAAGCUCUGCCCCCGGUCAGUCUGAGCUUGAUCUCAAUCUUCUACAAAGUUUACAAAACGCUGCGGCUAAGAACUCGGGUAUGUUAUCUAUGUCGAGACGCGUAACAGAACAGCCAACACCGGCACAACCCACUCCUGCCCCAAAAGCCAGCAAGAGGAGCAAGAAGAGUAAGGCACAGCAACAGCAGCAACAGCAACAACAACAGCAACAGCUUAACGUAGGCAUUGACCAGCAGACAGGCAUUCCUGGUUUUCCACAGUAUGGUUCUGUUGGAACUGAUCCCAUUGGCAGUCUUAAACAGUCGGCCGUAGGUGGUAGCGCUUUUAAUUUUGCCACCUCUGCUGGAACUGCCAACAGUUCACCUUUCUAUGACAAAGAAGCCACGGCUUCAGCAGCUGCAGCCGCCUACGCAUUUCUUGACGAUUUCCGAAAUCCUAACCUACCGAAUUAUUAUAAUAUGCUACGCCAACAGCAACAAGCGGCCCAAGCUCAACAGCAUCAAGCUCAGCAGCAAGCAGCUCAGCAACAGCAGCAGCAGGUGACACCAGUGUCGGAUGCGGCACAACAGGCUUGUAAUAAAUUGACAAGUCAAACAGCAGCACGGAAUUAUUCAAGUCAUCCAUUCCUGCAUUCGGCCCAAAGGCCGACACCGUACGGGCCAACGCCAGUUCCUUAUGUCACACCUCAUGGAGCCAAUUUGAGUGUUGAUCCUGCGGCUUACCAACAGUACCUACAUUCUUUGUACGCGCUACAACCACCACCUCAACACAGGCCUACCUGGCUCUAGCCGUGAGAGUUGCUGAGACUUGCUUAGCAUAAAUGUCGCGAAAGUGAGGACGUAACUGCAGUUCGGCCCCGGUAGGACAGACGAGUUGUUUCCGUGCAAUGACUGUGCAUUGUAUCUUAGCUGUAGAUCAUUGGAAAUAUUUGUUCAACGUUCUUUUGUGUAUUUUUAUUAAUAUUUUAUUUUAAUUUUUUAUUUUUUUAAACUUAUCGAUUCAAUUGACCUAAUCGUUAUUUUAUUCAUUUUACUUUUGUUUUGUUAUACGAGAUGUGAAAGUAAAAAGAAAAAAGCUUCUUUUAUCACUGUCUCGAAGGAAUAGCUAAAAGUGUCCAUUAGUGCAUGGAAACUCCUCGUUAUUUUGAUACAGUAUUGCAUUUUAGUUUUUACAACUGUUUGGUUGUUUAUUGGUUUCUCCUUUCUUUUUUCUAAAGAUACUUAGUCCUAAACUUGUCAUUUGAAUACGGAGAUGCAUUAAAUUAGUAAGCUCUCUACCAAGUCUGCAUUGUUCUGCACUGAUGAAACAAAGCGCAUUCAUCGUUCACUUAUGUAUUAAAUUCAUUAUUUGACACAUGACAUUAUGCGAAAAGUAAGUGGUUAGCGUUACCCCCUUUUUUUAAAGCGGACUACGUAAAGCAUAAAAAAAGCGAAUUCGAUACCGAAGUUUUAUACAUUUUGUCAACACACUAGUUUUUAACUUAAGUGAUGUAGUGAUAUGUAAAUAAAGUCAGAAACGUUUACUAAAACGUCUAAUGUUACAAGACGCAAUGUACUUUGUUACACUGUACCAAUUGCUGUAAUUAUCAAUGGACAAUGCUAAAAGUCACUAUGUCGCGCGAUUUUUAAGCAUAUUAACAUAAAAAAGUGGUCCAUUGAAAUAGCUAAGCGUGCCUAGAAGACUAAGGUACAAUUUUUUUGUACGAAAUCACUCUACCAACUUCGUACGACGGCAUACACUUUAAAGUUAUCUUAAACUGUAAGGUAGAAUCCCUCUUUGUACAUAAGAUACAUAUCCGGAAAGAUGUAAUUUGGUGUAAAAAAAUAGAGGUUCGCAAACUUACGAUCGAUAAGAUGAAAAAAGAGAAAUGUUAUUAUAAAAAGUAAAUACGUUCAAAGCGAAAAUAUGCGAAAUCUAUAAGUUGCCCCACCUAUAUAUAAUAAAACUAGAGAAAAAAAAUAUAUUAAGAUCUAUAAAUAUAUGAAUAUAUGUAUAUUGUAAAUGUGUAACGAAGACAGAAAUUAAAAAGCGGUUUGUUACAAAAA